AUGUUCUGUACAAAUUCAAUAAUUCGACAAAAACAUGCAAAAAUUUUAUUAGACUUUUAUCGUUUUAAAUCAGCUUUAAGAACACAUAUUUUGCCUAAAAGUAAAUCAAAAAAUGAUAUUAUUCUCUCCAAAAAUAACAAUCGUUAUACAGUAACAGCUUUGCCUGGGGAUGGAAUUGGACCUGAGAUGCUUGGACAUAUUAAACGAAUAUUUUCUUCUUUAAAUAUUCCUGUUGAUUUUAAUGAUGUUGAAUUAAAUUCUAAAGACCCGACAGAUGAGGAAUUAGAAAAGGCAAUAAAUGCUAUACACAAAACUGGGGCUGCUUUGAAAGGAAAUAUUGAAACAAAAUUUGACAAUCCAGAUUUUAAAUCUAGAAAUAUGGAACUUCGUCGUCGACUUGAUUUAUUUGCAAAUGUUCUUCACUGUGUUUCUGUCCCAACAAUCCCCACUCGUCAUCACAAUCUUGAUUUGGUGUUAAUUAGAGAGAAUACUGAAGGAGAAUAUAGUGGGCUAGAACAUGAACCUAAACCUGGAAUUGUUGAAAGUUUGAAGAUUGUAACUCGACAUGGAAUUGAAAGAAUAGCUCGUUACGCCUUUGAUUAUGCUGUUUUGAAUAAUAGACCAAAUAUUACAGCAAUUCACAAAGCAAAUAUACAAAAAUUGGGGGACGGUCUAUUUUUGAAGGUUUGUAAAGAAAUUGCUGAUACUGAAUAUAAAUCGAAAGGAUUACGUUUUGACUCUUUAAUUGUUGACAAUGCUUGUAUGCAAUUAGUUAGCCGUCCACAACAAUUUAACGGGGCAAUUUUACUUAUGCCCAAUCUUUAUGGAAAUAUAAUUUCGAAUAUUGCUUGUGGUUUGGUUGGAGGGCCAGGACUUGUUUCUGGAAUGAAUAUUGGGGAAGAAUAUGCUGUUUUUGAGACGGGAACUAGAAAUACAGGCACAUCUUUAACUGGUAAAGAUUUGGCUAAUCCAACAGCUUUUAUACGUGCAGCUAUUGACAUGUUACGUUAUUUGGGGUUGGAUGGUUAUGCAGAUAAAAUGUCAGAUGCUUUAUUUAUUGCUUUGACUGAACGGAAAUUGCAUACACCUGAUAUUGGGGGAUCUUGUCACAGUUCAGAUAUAGUUAAAGCUGUUAUUGAAUUGAUGCAAAAAUAA